AUGGAUGAAGGGCCUCAGCAAUCUGAUUUGUAUCACCAUUUCAUUGACCUGUUGAACGGAAUGUUUCAGAUUCCUCUGAAUUUUCCGGGUACUCUUUACCGGAGAGCCAGAAUUGAGAGUACUCAUAUCCGCGGAAUUCUGCAGAGUGUGAUUGAGAAGAAGAGAAAGGAUUUGGCAUCAGGUUCGGCUUCCCCGCAGCAGGAUUUGCUUUCCUUUCUGCUUUGCAAUGCCGAUGGGAGUGGGAAUGCGUUGAGCGACGAUGAAAUUAAGGAUAACAUUAUGCUGCUUCUUAUGGCUGGCCAUGACACCAGCGUUGUCACUGUAACGUUGCUCGAGAGCAAAUGGAGAUAAAGCAGGAGGAGGAGACAAGGGAGGUGGGUGUUCUGCAGUGGGAUGACCUUCAAAAGAUGAAGUACACUUGGAGCUGCCCAAGAGACGCUCAGAUUUUAUCCUCCGGUAGGAGGCACCUGGCGCAAGGCCAUUGUUGAUAUCUUCUAUGCUGGUUUCACAAUCCCCAGGGGAUGGAAGGUAUGAGCCUUCAACUAGAUCAUUACUCACAAGGUAUAUAAGAAGUUUUUAAAGUCCCUUGGACUGUAGGAAUUAUUCACAAGAUAUAUGAAGUUUUCACAGUGGAAUUUUUUUCUAGUACUUUUCUAUUUCUAAAGUUUUCUGUUAGUGGUUUCUAUUUAUUAUAUUUUGGUUGUGUGUUAAUGUGUUGUAGUUAUUUUGGACUUCUUCAACUCAUAAAAAUGCAGAAUAUUUUAAGGAUUCAGAAAAAUUUGAUCCAUCAAGAUUUGAAGGGAAUGGGUCAAUGCCUUACACAUUUGUACCAUUUGGAGGUGGUCCACAAAUGUCUUCAAACCAUGAGUUUGCACGAAUGGUAAUUCUUGUAUUCAUCCACAACAUUGUUAAAAAUGUCGAAUGGGAAUUAGUAAAUGUGAAUGAAAGGGUGAUUAUUGAUCAAAUGCCUGCCCCUGAGGAUGGCCUUCCCAUUAAUCUUCGUCAUCACACAAUUAGUAUCUAAAUUUCUCUUUGUAUUGGAGAUGCUCACUACCUAGGAUUUCUUAUUGUUCUUUUAUUGAAAAAAGUAAAUAAAAAGGAAUUUGAUUUAGUAGCAA